CUCUCUGCAGGCAGCUCUGAAGAGUUGUCAGCCUCUUCAUUCUCUCUCUUGUACACCAGAGUCUGCUCUUUGUAUUUAACUUCUGUUCACCCAUCUGGAAGAUUCUGGACAGGACCAUGAGUGAUGAUGAGCUGUCUGCCUUGGUGGUGGAUAAUGGGUCAGGGAUGUGCAAGGCAGGCUUUGGUGGUGACGAUGCCCCCAGGGCUGUGUUCCCUUCCAUGGUGGGGCGUCCCCGGCACCAGGGGGUCAUGGUAGGCAUGGGCCAGAAGGACUGCUAUGUGGGGGAUGAGGCCCAGAGCAAGAGAGGCAUCCUGACCCUGAAGCAUCCCAUUGAGCAUGGAGUGGUCACCAACUGGGAUGACAUGGAGAAGAUCUGGCACCACGCCUUCUACAACGAGCUCCGCGUGGCUCCAGAUGAGCACCCCAUCCUCCUCACUGAGGCACCCCUCAACCCCAAGAUCAACCGGGAGAAGAUGACUCAGAUCAUGUUCGAGGCUUUCAACACACCUGCCAUGUACGUGGCCAUCCAGGCCGUGCUGUCCCUCUAUGCCUCCGGCCGGACCACCGGCAUCGUGAUGGAUUCUGGGGAUGGGGUCACUCACACUGUGCCCAUCUAUGAAGGCUAUGCCCUGCCUCAUGCCAUUCUGCGUCUGGACCUGGCCGGCAGAGACCUGACCGAUUACCUCAUGAAGAUCCUGACAGAACGAGGCUACAGCUUCACCACCACGGCUGAGCGGGAGAUUGUUCGUGACGUCAAAGAGAAGCUGUGUUAUGUGGCCCUAGACUUUGAGCAAGAGAUGGUCAGCACUGCAGCAUCCUCCUUCCUGGAGAGAAGCUACGAGCUUCCCGACGGGCAGGUGAUCACUAUUGGGAAUGAGCGCUUUCGAUGUCCAGAAGCCAUUUUCCAGCCUUCCUUUCUGGGCAUUGAGUCCAGUGGAAUCCACGAGACCAUCUUCAACUCUAUUAUGAAGUGCGAUGUGGAUAUUCGCAAGGAUCUGUAUGCCAACACCGUGCUGUCCGGAGGCAGCACUAUGUACCCUGGCAUUGCUGACCGGAUGCAGAAGGAAAUUGUAGCCCUGGCACCCAGCACCAUGAAAAUCAAGAUCAUCGCUCCCCCAGAGCGGAAGUAUUCCGUUUGGAUUGGGGGCUCCAUUCUGGCCAGCCUGUCCACGUUCCAGCAAAUGUGGAUCAGUAAGCAGGAGUACGAUGAGGCUGGUCCUCCCAUCGUCCACAGGAAGUGUUUCUGACUGGGCUUCCAUGCUAAUGCAUUGGCAUUGUCCCCAAGUUCUAGAUCAUGGCGAUAGUACUGCUUUUAUCCACUUCCAAUUGAGUCAAGGUAAAUUUCCAUUCUUGCUAGUGUGUAAACUAGCAAAUUCAUCUCCAUCCAAGCAUUGUGGGCUCCCGCCCAGCUAACGAUAUUUGACCUCUAUCAACUUCUGGAUAAUUCUGAUAUUCUAUUCUAUUUUCUUUACCAUUAGGGGUCAAAGAAAUAUAGACUUGCUUAAAUGAAAAUAAAUGACAAGGAGUAAAGUGAGAAAUGUCCUUCCAAAACAGAUAACUAGAAUUUUCAAUCUUUAAAUACUAGUUCUUGCUUUAAAUAUUUAACAAUAGCAAGCUGUACAACCUGUAAAAAAAAAAAUAUGUGUAUGUAUUUAGCAAACAUGCCUUAUUAGUUAGAAUUUUGGUUUGUUUUGCUUCUUUGUAUAGAGACAGUAAAUUAUAUGGGUCAAUGAUAUUCAUAUAUUUAUAAGCACUGAGGAAAUAGAAUAAUCUAUCUUAAAAUAUACUGAUAAAUCUGGCUAUCUGAACAGCUAAUGUGAAUUUCUUAAUUCCCCAACAUUCACCAUUUUGGUAACUCCUUAUUUUGUUUCCCUUAUUAAAUAAGCAUAAUGGAACAGCAGCAUUCCAUUAAUAUUUAUAAAGUUUAUAAAUCAACUGAACUUUUAGCUCAGAGUAGAGUUCUGCUGAUCAAAUGUGUAUUCUAAUAUCUGACUUAUCAAACUUCAUUGUACUUGUAAAACAGCAAAACUGUUACAGAUAAGGCCUAACUUUUAAAAUAGAGAGGAAAAUUGUAAUAUCAAAUUAAUUAACAUCAUUAUGCUACAGUUUGACAAAAAUAAUUUUAUUUCCAUUGCUUAGCAUAAUAGCAUGUCGAGUUAUUUCUAUAGAUCAUGAUUUUGAAUAUUUCUCUUACCAAGGAUUUCACUGUGGAAAAACAUAUCUGUAGCAUUUUUGUAAACUACAAAUUCUAAUACCAGUAUAAUAAUUUCAAUUUUAUUAUUGGAAGAUUUUAGAAUAAUUCUAUUUUUUUUAUCUCCAGUAACAGGCAAUAAUCUCUUUAUGUGAAGUGUCUCUAAGAUAUCAACAUCUUACAAAGCAUCUGUGUAUCUUCCUAUGUUCUCUAAACAUUUUUAAGGAAUUCAGUGAUGAUUUUCAACCAAUUUUAAAUACUAGCACAUUUAUUGCAAUCUA